AUGUCGUACCAAAGCAUCGGAUUCAUUGGUGUGGGAGCCAUGGGAAAGGAAAUGGUUGUGAAUCUGGCAGAGAAGCUACCUCGGCAUAUACCGAUCUACAUCAACGAUGUCAACAAAAGUGCCACAAGGGAGCUAGCUGCAUCAUAUUCCAACAGUAUAAUCGCCUGCGAUACAGCACAUGAGGUUGCAGCCAACUCGGAUGUCGUUCUGACGAUGCUGCCAGAAGGACGACAUGUCCGUUCCGUCUAUCUUGACUCGCAUGGGAGCAUCAGCUCGGCCAGUCUCUGCGGAAAGAUAUUGAUAGAGUGCUCCACUAUUGACACUGCUACGAAUCACGAGGUUCGGUCGACGCUUCAACAGCUCGAACCUACGGCGUCUUUCUACGAUGCUCCCGUUAGUGGUGGUGUCUUGGGCGCUCGGAAAGCCACACUCGGCAUUUUUCUUGGCUGUGAUGAGAAGGAUCCCAACUUCGAAACCUUGAAAGCAGUUUUGUCGAUGCUUGGAAACAACGUCAUUGCCUGCGGCGGCCCUUCACUUGGGCUAGUAGCCAAGCUAGCGAACAACUAUCUUUCGGGAACAAUCGCUAUUGCUACGUCGGAGGCGAUGAAUAUGGGCAUGCUGGGCGGUAUGAACGCUCAUGUUCUGGCUCAGGUCAUACACGCUGGAUCUGGAAGAAACCACAUUGCCGACAACUUCAACCCCGUUCCAGGCAUCUGCCCCGAGGCGCCCUCAUCACAUGGUUAUGAAGGGGGUUUCAAGGUGGAGUUGAUGAAAAAGGACAUUGGACUUGCCGCCAGCAUGGCUGAGAGAGUUGGCGCAAGAUUGGUGUUGGGAAAGAGUUGUCUCGAGACAUAUCAGAAUGCAAGUCAGGACCCAAGAUGUCAAGGACUGGACUCAAGAGUUGUAUAUCGAUACCUUGGUGGCCAGGAAGACUGGGAGUAG